AGCAGAGACUUGCGUUUGCGAGCUCCCGUGUAGUUCAGAAAGACAAAUUUGCCUUUCGACAAUGAUCCUGGCUGCGGUUAUACAGUUUAUUCAGAAUUAAUCAUUUAGUCAGUUGAGCAGUUAUGUUGGCCAAGCACAGUGAGGUAGACAAAACUGUCUUUGUGGGAAAUUUACACAGUUCGGUGAAAGAGGAGAUUCUCUUCGAGCUGUUUCUGCAGGCUGGUCCACUGAAAAGGGUCACCAUCGCACGGGACAGGGAGGGCCGGCAGAGGUCAUAUGGGUUUGUGUGCUACAAGCACCAGGAGGCAGUCCCCUACGCCAUUGCCCUUCUCAACGGCAUCAGGCUGUAUGGCCGUCCAAUCAGACUGCAGUACAGCUCUGGUAGCUCACACAGUGAUGGUGGGACAGGACCCAGUGACCCCCCACUGGAGCCACACUGUGCUAACCCAGUUUUCCCAGAAUCCCCUGUGUUCCACUUUUCUGCCUUCCCUGACAACAGGUGCCUCUCUCAGGAUCAGAUGUACUGGAACACCAUGGUGUGUGGAUAUCCCCCACAGCAGUUCCCUCUGAAUAUUUCUCCACUCCAGCCUCAGUGCUACCGCGCACCCUCUGCCUUGUGCCCCACUGCACCUAUUCUACCCUGGUCCAAUCAGGGAUUCCCACCCUGGACUCAGCCACUGCAACAGUCCCAGAAUCCCCAGCUCCCCGUCCCCAGCCUGUUGGCCCUGCCCCCCAGCCCUCCCCCUGGGACAGAAGGGCAGAGAGGUCACACGGACGGUACUGAGCCCAGCAGACCGCGCAAGCACAGGAAGAACCGUGAACGCAGGCGCAAGGCUGAGAAACACAGGGACAGAGAAAAAGCGGGUGGACAUGUGCGCGCUCGCUCCCGCACGUGCUCAGGCAAGCCCCUCCAAACUAACGCCACCUCCAUUGUUGCGAAGGAUGGGGAAAACUCCAACAGGAAGGAAUUAUGUAACUAGAAACACUCAGAUUGCUGGCCAGGACUGUUCAGUUCAAUAAAAGGAUUAAAACAGCAAAA